AUGCGGGGCGGUUCACUGGACGGUGUUCUGGUGGUAGCAGGUCUUCUAAUCUCAUCAGUUAGAGCGAACCUUCGAUGUUACAGAGGUACUGAAACGAACUUUACCAUAGUGAAAGUCGCACCAGGCCGAAUGUGUUCAUACAGAGUAGGAGCUGCCUGCGAGUUCACAAAAGAAGGACAACUUCUUGUACAUGAAACCGCGGAUAAAUAUUUAAAAUCCGAUAUUUGCUGGUAUGGAGAUCAAUCCCAUGACAUUCUGUGUCCAUGCAAUACGGAUCUCUGCAACGGAAAUUUUUCUUCGCUAGCUGAUACUUGGAUGCAUACAACUAUAUCCGAUGGAAGUUAUCAUCAUUGCACUCUGAAUUACCUUCGAAGCAAACGGAAUCUCUCUCCAGCUGACGCCAAAUAUCACCCUUCUUCGCAGGGGGGUAACCAAACAAACGCCAAACAGACGAAGGAUUCCGGUGGUGAUCAAUCUUCCUCGAAACCUCUUCACUGGGAUGAAAACCCCAUGGAUUGGAUCAUCUUCCUAAUUCUCUGUAUAGUGGCGAUCGUUUUGAUAAUCAUUCUGAUCCCGGUGCUGAUAUACUGCCUCGUGUUGGCUGGAAAAAGAAGCAAGAGAAAGAAGGGUUCGAAGAGCUCGAAGAGCAGUAAAAGUUCAGGCAGUAAAAAGUCUGGGAAAGGCAAAAACAAGUCAAAGAAGGGCAAAAAGAGCGCUAAAGGAAAGAGAAGCAAGACAUCGACCAGCAGUGGAAAGAGUAAAAGUAGCCGCACUAGCAAGAGUAACAAAAGUGGGACGACUACUUCAAAAUCUGACAUCAGUACGACCACCUCGGGACCUACGAAAAGUUCAACUACUAAAGGCGGCGGUACAACAACAACAGAUUCUCGU